UUAUAUCGCCAUGAUGGGGUUGAUAAAACAUGCUGCCUUGUAUAUAUGGGAUAAGUCGACAAUCUACCUUACGAAUUCAUCCUUUUAGUACAGCAGUCUGCCCAUGAUUCAGUUGAAAAUGAAAAUGAUGCAUUCCAAGAAGCCACAACAACCAUCGCGUUUUGAGCACUGUAACUUGAUUAGAUUUACCUACUUUUUAAUGGAUGUGGCUGUGUCUUACAUUUACUAGCCAAGAAAUCUUUCUCUCCCGACACUCUCCUAUGCUUCCUCUAUGAAUCUUGUGGAAAUCUUGGACUGUACGGAGCGAUUCUGGUUCACUAAUCGAAGGUCGAUAGCGAGUACAUUUUCUUAGGGCCAAGUGGGAACAAAUUUCUGCCAAUUGAAUGGAUGAGAAAAGGACUGGAAAAAACGAAAGCUGACCUGAACGCAAAAUUACGGAUGGCUUAACCCAUUUAACGUCAGCCCCGCGGAGAGCAAGAGCGAACGAGGCUGGCAGAAGAAGGGAGGAAAAGAAGGUACACACGCCAUUUCUACAAAGCCAUUCGGUUAUUUUCCUACCGCGCGGGGAGAAUCCUCCAAAUUCUCAAGCCAUGUGCUGUACAUGUGUGUACAUGUACAUUGUACGCAGCGUACAUAUCUGGUCAGAAACCGGCAAGCCCAAUGAAAUACGUAUUACCGGCGUUCUAGACUUCUGAUGUCGGUUUUACUUCGUACUUUUGGUUCCUUUCGCCAUGAACUAUGUCCCCUUCGUAUUAUCGGUCUUAAGGAUAGGAAGCCUUGUCAUAGGUGCUCAUGUUGAAGCUUCGAACGCGUUAUAUCCGUUGGACGGAACUAUUGAACAGUUGGGCCUACAACGGUUUUUCACAGAUAUAUCAGAGCUGGAAUUAGCGAGGACUUCGCUAAACACACGUUGUGAGAAAGCCUGCGACAUCCUCUCUACCGUGCUCCCGUCAGAAGUGCAGUUCCCUGGCACUGAUGAUUACGUUUCCAAUAAGAGAAGCUAUUGGGCAGAGCAACAGGCUGCCUUAUCACCAAACUGCUUUGUUGCAGUAACGGAAUCCCUUUCCGUGUCAAUAUCUGUCGCUAUCUCUCGGAAGACGCAGUGUCCAUUUAGUGUUCGAAGUGGUGGCCACUCGGAUGUUCCCGGUGCAUCCAAUAUUGAAAAUGGCAUAACUAUUGAUCUCCGACCUCUUCGUGAGAUAGUCGUGUCUAAUGAUAAACGAACAACAUCCGUCGGUGCUGGUGCGAGCUGGGGGGAGGUCUACACCAAGCUAGAUCAAUUGGAUCUUAUUGUUGUGGGUGGACGGGUAUCUCCCAUCGGAGUUGGAGGGCUAUCUCUUGGAGGCGGUAUAUCCUUUUUCUCUGGGCGGGAGGGGCUCGCUUGCGAUAAUGUUGUCAACUAUCAUGUCGUCAUGGCAGACGCGCGAUUGCAAAAUGUCAACCAGACGUCUCAUCCAGAUCUCUAUCUCGCUUUGAGAGGCGGCGGCAACAACUUUGGCAUCGUUGUCCGCUUCGACCUUGACACCUACCCCCAGGGAGAAAUGUGGAGCACUAUACGAUCGUACGGGCUUGAUGCCAAAGAAUUCAUUACUGAAGGCUUAGCCGUGUUUAACGAGCAUGCCAGUAAUGACCCAAGUUUGUCGAUAAUAACAAGCUUCUCAAACGUCCAAGGCCAAUGGAUAAGCGGCCUCAUUGCUCAUUAUGCGAACGCAGUACCCGAUCCAGAUAUCUUUACAUCCAGCUUCGAAAAUCUCACAAACGUUAACCCUAUUCAUCAAACUACCCAAAUUUCACGCCUCGCCAAUCUCACCAAAGAUUUCUCUUCCUAUAAUCCGCCACUAGGGUACCGCAACCAGUUUACAACCGCAACGUACAGGAACAGUGUCGAGCUGCAGAACAGAAUUGUUGAAGUAGUUAUAUCAGAGACGGAUAAGAUCAGGGACAAAAUCAGCAACCUUGAUGGGUUCGUCUCAGCCGUUAACUUUCAAGCUAUAACUUUGCCAAUGAUAUCCAAAUUCUCAAAAAGGGGUGGGAAUAUUCUUGGCGUCAAUCCACACCGCGGACCGCUUCUGCUUGUUCUGUUUAACUUUUCCUGGGCCAGCCGUGCCGAUGACUACCUCGUUAUCCCAACUAGCGAAUCGAUUUUAUCUCGAUCCAACGCCCUCGCGACAGAGCUUGACCUUCAAGAUGGUUUCAUCUAUAUGAACUACGCAGGGCCUACCCAGUCGCCACUUGCAAGUUAUGGCGAGGAGAGUUUGCGGCAGCUGAGGAGCGUACAGGCGAAGUAUGAUCCUGAUCUAGUGUUUGAAAAGUUGCAGCCUGGUGGUUUUAAGUUAAGCGCCGAGGCAUAGUUAGGUUGUUAGUUUUAUUCAUUGCAAAAACACAGCCGGUGACACAGUGAUAUUACUCUUUAUACGGAGGAAUGGAUGGGGAUUUGAUUAAGUCUGCGAUGAGUGAUAUAUUUAAAUAGGGGAUUGAGUAUUGCUUAGAUGUACUGCGCAAGGUGUUGCUAAGUGUUAAAUAGGAUGAGGAGAUCAUGGUCAAAGAAUGACUCCCAGAAGGACCCACUUCCAACGCCCAAAGAUAGCGUCAAAAAAAUUAAAAUAAAAAAAAAAAAAAA